AUUCAGGAACCGUGGACCCGCGGCUCACAGGCCACAGAUUUCAGACGUGGGCCCUCUCGGUGCUGUUGCGAAGGCCACUUUGCAUAUGCAGGUAGAAGCGAUGCAGGUGGAGCCGAAACGCAGGUACGUGUCACGUGAGUCCGUGCAGACGAUUGGUCCGCAUAGAAGACAAUUUGAGCCCUUCCGACCCCCCCACCAUGGCCCUGGCCCUGCCUGACGAAGUCUGGUCGCUGGUGGCCUGGCAUGUUGCUCGAGAAGCGGAGACUGCUCCCACAAAUGGAGCUGGGGUGAGGAUACGCGCUAGGCAGCCCGGUGAGCAGUGGCAGAUCCUGGCGGACCGGCACGAGAGCGUGCACCCGCUCAUGGGGAUGGCGUGGGUGUGCCGACGAUGGCGCCGCAUUGCCACACCCAUGCUCUGGACCAAUGUUGUACUCGAUAUACAUGACGAUUACGAUUCGAUGGACCUUCUGAUCCAACUCAGUGAGGCACUGCAACCGGGCAGUACGGCUGCCCGCUGCAUCGCCACGCUCAACAUAGACGUUCGACGAACCCUAGACGAGAGCCGGAUGCUGGCCAUGGACCAGAUGGAGGAGGAGUUCGAGCGGAUCAUGCAGGAAGAUUGCGGGAACACAACGACCAUGCCUGAUCUGGCUGCAUUUGACGCGACACUUGACAGACUUGGGCGGUGUCUGGCAAAGUGCGACAAGCUUACACACUUUGGAUGGCGCGGCGACUACCGGCCGACAGCAUCGUUUUUUGAGAGUCUAAGCACAUGCAAAUCGAUGGCUUCUAUCACGCUGGACGUUGGCGAUGCUUGCCUCUUCCAGUCAUUCCAGGGCUAUCCGGCUACCGAUGAUCCCCUCGAUUACUUCAAAGAUACCAUCAGCCGAGCGGCGCUAGGUAUGGGCGCAUACAGCCAGGCCAUGCAGGCGAGAGUAGCCUGCAACGAGGCGGGUGUCUACAGCGACAUGCGUGCGAGUGACGAGAACCGGUGCCGUGGCCUCGAAGCUUGGCUGGCGUCGCCCAACAAGCUCAAGCAGCUCGUCCUGGGCGCACCGAUUCUUUAUACUCAGCCGUGGCUGCUGCCUCUGUGGGCCCAGCUUGACAAGCUCCGCGACUCGGACGACCCAACUUUUGGUGAGCGCCUGAGCGAGGCAGAUGCACCAUAUGCCAUGGCGGCGCAGCAGUUUCGAUCACGACUCGUGGCGGCACGCGUGGCUGCUCCUCGGGACAUCUAUGAGCUUAUCCAGAGCGACGAUGCCUUCUGCCCGUGGCGGCCCUGGUUUCCCGACUGGGGGCACGAGGAGACGCGCGCCACGAUGGCGGCAGUGCUUGAAAGACUGUCGCCGCAAUAGCGCCAAUCGGCUGCGGGCUGCCUUUUCUGCGCUCAGGAUCCGACUUGGGCCUGAGAGCGCUGUGUAGUCCAUGGGGCAAUGUACAGUACAGUACUUUGAUUUCCAACUACGAAGAUAGAACAGGAAGCGGUCCUUUGCUACGCCGAGACAUUCAUAAGCUCCUCACCAUGUCUCAAAUGCACCGAGAUCGGGCGCCUUGCCGUUGUACGGCAGGCCGACGUCCACACCAGCGUCCACGAGC